AUGAAGCGCUUGUUCUCCAAGAGGUUUUCUCUUCAGCCCCAACAACUGUCGCAGAAACCUGCUACAACUACCGCUCCGUCCAGCUCGAUAGCACACACGACCGGCUUGCAACCGUCCUACGUGCUCCCUCCGCUCCCUCAUCCCCGGCCGUACGAUCAUAUAGCGCUACUGGCGACACAGGCUGGCCUCCUCGUCUUUCCACAUCUACCGGACGGGGCCCAUCCAGAACAUCAUGUUCGCAUCUCGUGGGGCAGGCCGCUAAGGGUGGAGGAGCUGAGUAGCGACGAAGACAGUCAAGGAGCAGCCUGGGCGGAGAGUGUGGUCACUUAUGGGAUCAUUGGUAUUCUAGAACUGUUUAAUGCGUCCUACUUACUGGUUAUCACUCAGAAGUCGGAUGUGGGACACCUCCUCGAUGGCAGCCGGCCUAUCCAUGGCAUCAAGGGCGUGACCGCUAUCCCGCUGGAUUCUGAGCAGCGCGCCCGAACCGUGCUGAGCGCCCUCACAUCGAGGAACGCUAGUGCCGCUCGAUUUUCUCUCGUAGCGGGAUCGUCAAGCGAGGUCGUUGAGCCAACACAAGAAAUUUCGGCGGAGGAUGUAGAUAGCAAGAGACUUGAAGACUCAGACGAAAUCACAUCUCCGCACGUCAAGUUCGCUGAUGAGGACCAAGUCAAGGUGAUGUCGCCGUUGAACAUUCAAGAAUUUGCCCUCCCAGAUGGACCACCCUCGCCUCUCUCCGGGGCUUCUACUCCUUCCUCUGCAUAUUCUGUGAACACAUCGCCUAUAGCUAAAACUUUGACUGAGCGACUAUCAUUUUGGAGUAGGUUAUCCAAGAGAUCCUCCUAUGCACCAGUUUCUGCGGAGCUUCGAGCUACGCCCGAAGAGGAGAGGGAGUCGUUAGACCAUAUCAUAGACGGUGGGGAGCAAGAACCUGCAGAAGUCUUAAAUGAUAUCUUAGAGACGACAGCUCCUCCACCGACCACACUGGACGAGAAGCAUUCCGAACUGGAAGAAAAGAUUCUCAGAGAGGUCGUCAAAGAAUACGGAAAAGGCGAGAUGUAUUUUGCCUAUAACUUUGAUAUCACCAGGUCAUUGCAAAAUAAGCAAGAUCAAAUCUGUAAGAAUCAGAAGCGGAACUCCCUCCUUGCCGACUUGAAUGCCUUGGAUCCUUCGUUUGCCAUUGGCGACAAAGUCGAUGUUCUUGCGGAGCCUUCACCAACGCUUCCCCUCUGGCGGAGAGCAGACCGUCAGUUUUGGUGGAACGAGUGGCUGUCGAAACCUUUUAUUGAUGCUGGCCUUCACUCAUAUGUCCUGCCUAUUGUUCAAGGGUUCUUCCAGGUUGCUUCUUUUCCUGUGCCCAGGGAGCCUGAGACAACUGAAUCGGGGGAUGCGGCGAUCGUGGACUAUAUCAUUCUAUCACGGCGCUCGAAGAACCGUGCUGGCCUGCGGUAUCAGCGCAGAGGCAUCGACGAUGACGCCCAUGUGGCCAACUUCGUCGAGACAGAGACCAUCAUGCGUGUAGAACGGGAGGGUGUAUCAAACAUUUUUAGUUACGUGCAGAUUCGCGGGUCGAUUCCCCUGUUCUGGACACAGUCAGGAUAUAGUCUGAAGCCGGCGCCUACGCUAUCGCCUGAGCGCACCCGCGAACAGAACAUUAAUGCGCUAAGCCGCCAUUUCAAACGCACACUUCCAUCCUAUGGACCUCACAUGGUCGUAAACUUAGCUGAGCAUCAUGGUAAAGAAGGGGCUGUAACACAAGCCUACCGAGAUUAUCUCAGUGAAGCUAAUUUGUCGGGCGUUCGGUAUCAUGAAUAUGAUUUCCACGCGGAGACCAAGGGCAUGAAGUAUGAAAAUAUUUCUAAGCUCAUUGAACACCUUGAUCGAACGUUCGAAGCGCAGGGGUAUUUGUGGAUAUGUAACGAGACCGUACUUUCGCGCCAGAAAGGCGUAUAUCGCACGAAUUGCAUUGAUUGUUUGGAUAGAACGAAUGUAGUGCAGUCCGCGUUCGCUCGACACAUGCUGAAUCGUCAACUCCUUGCGGUUGCCCUCUUCAAUCCAUCGGAGCAAGGACGAACAACGAUCGACGUUGUCUUUAACGAUAUGUGGGCUAACAAUGGUGAUGCUAUCAGCCGAAGCUAUGCGGGAACUUCCGCUCUCAAGGGCGAUUUCACUAGAACUGGAAAGCGGGACCUUGGAGGACUGCUCAACGAUGGCAUGAAUUCGCUGGCAAGGCAAGCUUAUCUCGGCUCACACCGAAUGAUGUAUACGUCAACCUUCAGUGACUGGUUCUCUCAGACGGUCAUCGAUUUCAUGCUUGGAUAUCGGACGUUGUCCGUGUUCUCCGAGUUCCUGCUCAAGCUGCAGUCCACCGAUCCACGAGAGCUCAUCCGCUUGUCCAAGAUUCGUGCUGAAGCCAUCGCCACAUCUGUCUCCCGCGUCUUGCAAGACGGUGAACGGCUACUCUCAGGGUGGACGUUGUUUGCCCCUGUUGAAUUGAAUACAACCGUGGGGGAUAAAUUUGAAGAGAAAGUCUUAUUACUAUCUGUUAAAGCCCUAUAUAUUGUCAGUUAUGACUAUAAUCUCGAAAAGGUCAAGAUGUAUACCCGCGUUCCUCUUGGAGAUGUUGUCAAAAUCACUAAAGGCGCAUAUAUCCUAUCUCCUUUAGAAGAAGCUUCCCGCGAUCCCAUCCAGAAUGCUGGAUUCACCAUCCACUAUCUUAAUACCCGCCAAACUACCCGCGUGACUAGCUACUCGGUGCGCAACAGUGUGGAGAAAACACUCCCACCACCACUGCCGACUGGGCUCGCACCCGCACCGUCACCACGACCAGUCUCUCAGCUUCGCCCACUCACGUUGUCGCGCAUCCUCUCGGGCGCUGCGCCCACCCCCGACACCGGCGGCACCAGCUUCGCAGCGUUCAAGGCGCUGCCGAUCGACCCCGCGCGGACAUCGCGCGGGAGCCGCUUUGCGUCGGAGCCAGCGGAUGAACUUGCGGGCGCGACGACGUGUCGGGAGGCGGUCGAGCUCAUGAUCGACACUAUCCGUGCGGCAUGUACGGAUGCGGGGGCAGCGGGGGCUGGCUACGAAUUCGUAAAGGCCGAAGACGUUGUCAGCUUGGUCGAGGCUCAGAAGAUGACAAGCGUGUAUGCGAAGAUGGAAUACGGCGUGAAGCGGUUGCUGUGGUUGGGUGGUUGA